AUGGACGCUCCCAUCUGCCAGGGGGCCCUCGAGUUCCUGGAGGGCUCCUUGGCUAGCCCGGUGCACUUCCGGAAGAAACUCGCCCCGGCGGCGCGGCACGCGCUGCUCCGCCGCUACUACGGCCUCGACGGCCGCGUCGUGCGCGAGGUGCUCAGGAGGCCCGCGGUGCUGCAGAACCGGCUGCAGGGCGAGCCGAACCGCAGCGCCAGGGCUGACAUCGAGAGGGUUGCGCUCGGUUCUGGGGAGAGGGCACCGAAGGUCGGCAGGGUCCUACUCAACCUGCAGCGCGCCUGCCAGUGGGCCGAGCGGGCGGCGUGGCAGGCGCAGCGGUCCUCGCUUGAGGACCUCGCCGUGGGGCCUGGCGGGGUCCUGGUGGUGCCGGAGCUGGAGGCGCUCGGCGAGCCUCUCUGCUGGCGCUACAGGAGCCUCGCCUUCGCGCUGCUCGCCAAGUUCGACCUCUGUGGGCGGCCCUCGCAGAGCCUCGCCUCCGAGGACAUCGAGGACGUCGCCUCGGUGCUCCUGGCCUGCGGCGGCGUGCCCGAGGUGCCCGACGCCCGGGUGCGCUUCGUGGAGGUGCUCUGCUGCCACGGCGAGCCCGCGGCUGCGGCUGCGGGCGGCCAUGCCCUGGUGCACCUGGCGGUGGCCCAGGCCCUGCGCGCCGGGGGCGCCCUGGACGCCGCCGUCCGGGAGAGCCUCUGCCAGCUGGAGGCCAAGGUGCUCCGGCCCCGGCUCGGGGACUACCGCGCAGCGCUGCUGCAGUCCGACCCGGUCGGUGCUCGGCGAUCGGCCCCCGAGGAGCGGCACCUCACCCUGGCCGCGCGCCGCCGCUGA